AAAAAAAAAAAAAAAAAGAUUUUUUGAAGGGCGCGCGUUCCUUUUUCCUUUACGUAUUAUUCCCUUUUUUUCUUUUUCUUUUUUAUUUUUUUCUUUCUCUUAUUUAUUCUUUAUUGAUCAAAACAUGUCUCGAAGAUACGAUUCAAGAACUACUAUUUUCUCACCUGAAGGUCGUCUUUAUCAAGUCGAAUAUGCCAUGGAAGCCAUCUCUCAAGCAGGCAUUGCCCUAGGUAUUCUUGCCACUGAUGGUAUUGUCAUUGCAGCUGAAAAGAAGGUGACUUCCAAGUUAUUAGAACAAACGGCAUCCUCUGAAAAGAUUUACAAAUUAAACGAUAAUAUGAUUUGUGGUGUAGCUGGGAUUACUGCCGAUGCUAAUAUUUUGAUCAACUGGACACGCGCUAGUGCACAAAGAUAUUUGUUUUCUUACAAUGAAGAUAUUCCAGUAGAACAAUUAGUACAACGUUUAUGUGAUUUGAAGCAAGGUUAUACACAAUAUGGUGGGCUUCGUCCUUUUGGUGUAUCAUUUAUUUUUGCAGGAUAUGAUGAACAUUAUGGAUUCCAAUUGUAUCAUUCCGAUCCUUCUGGUAAUUAUGGUGGUUGGAAAGCAACUUGUAUCGGUGCCAAUAAUGCAAGUGCUCAAAGUAUCUUGAAACAAGAUUACAAGGAAUCAAUGAAUCUGGAAGAAGCAAAGGCUUUGGCUAUCAAGGUAUUAAGUAAAACCAUGGAUAGUACAACCCUUACAAGUGAAAAAUUGGAAUUUGCAACGAUUCAACGCAAAGACAACAAAGUACAAUAUGAUCUUUAUAAGCCUGCCGAAAUCGAUGCUUUAUUGAAAGAACAAAAUGUGGGGGCUGAUGCACAGGAUGAACAACAACAACAACAAUAAGAUAAUAUCUUUUUUUUUUAUUUUAUUUUUGAUACAACAACCAAUAAAGAAAUCAUUGACUUUUUUUUUUGUAUAUUCAA